AUGGCCCCGGCUGCAGGACAACCCCGCUGCCGCCGCCGUCCUGCCGGGGCCGGAGAAAAGGGCCGGAGAUCCCCCCGCAGGAGGGGCUCCAAAGCCAGCCCAGGGUGCUCUGAGGAGGAAAAACCCAGCCUGUGCCGGGAAGGCGGCCGGAGCUUGAGGGAGAGCUCUGAGCUGGUGGUCCCUGAGCAGCCUCCCAACAGGGAGAAGCCCUUCAGGUGCUUGGAAUGUGGGAAGAGCUUCAGGAAGAGCUUCAGCCUCAUCCAGCACCAGCACAUCCACACUGGGGAACGGCCCUACACGUGUGGGGAAUGUGGGAAGAGCUUCAGGCAGAGCUCCAGCCUGAUCCGACACCAGAUGAUCCACACUGGGGUGCGACCCUACACGUGUGGGGAAUGUGGGAAGAGCUUCAGGGAGAACUUCAUCCUGAUCCGCCACCAUCGCAUCCACACCAGGGAACGGCCCUACAAGUGCUUGGAAUGUGGGAAGAGGUUUCCGACCAGCUCACAUCUCCUCAGCCAUGAGCAGACACACACGGAUGAGAGGCCCUUCUGCUGCAGUGACUGUGGGAAGGGCUUCAACCGGAACUCCACCCUCAUCAGGCACCGGCGCAUCCACACCGGGGAGAGGCCCUACAAGUGUGGGGAGUGUGGGAAGAGCUUCACCCGGAGCAGUAACUUGACCAGACACCAACGGACCCACCGGUAAGGCUGCUGCUGCC